UGCGUGGUUAAGGUAAAUCAUUAAAUGCGUUGAACUCGCAAGGUGUGUGCUUAUUUACCUUUAAGUAAAUAAUGGCUAUACAAAGAAACGAGCUGCAUUGGGGAGACAUUUUAGUGAUUCUUGGAUACUUUGUGGCUGUCAUCUUUGUUGGAAUAUGGUCAUCAUGCCGGAACAGAGGAAGUGUGAAAGGGUAUUUUCUGGCGGGAAGGAGCAUGCACUGGAUCCCGGUUGGGGCUUCAUUGUUUGCCAGUAACAUUGGCAGUGGUCAUUUUGUCGGUCUGGCAGGGUCAGGGGCGUCCAAUGGCAUUGGAAUUGCUGUUUUCGAACUUAAUGCAAUAUUCAUACUGAUGUUACUAGGAUGGCUGUUUGUUCCUGUAUACACCGCCGCCGGGGUGUUUACAAUGCCGGAAUAUUUGAGAAAAAGGUUCGGAGGCCAAAGGAUUCGAGUGUAUCUGGCUGUUCUAGCAUUGGCACUUUAUGUGUUCACAAAAAUUUCAGCCGAUCUGUAUUCUGGAGCUCUGUUCAUUACACAGUCGGUAACGAUGAAUCUCUAUCUUGCCGUUGUUAUUUUGCUGGCUGUCUCCGCUCUCUUCACAAUAGCAGGCGGUCUUACAGCAGUGAUAUGGACAGAUUUUGCCCAGGUUAUUAUCAUGGUGAUCGGUGCUUUCAUUCUUAUGAUAAUGAGCUUCAUUGAAGUUGGAGGGUAUGAGGCGAUUGUGAAGAAAUAUUUCGAAGCAUGGCCCGAGACGACAAGAAAGAACUAUGGCAAUGACAGCUAUCCCUACUGGAAAUGCGGUAUUCCUCCGGAUAACUCCAUGAAUCUGAUCAGAAGUUAUGACGACGGUUCCCUCCCUUGGCCAGGAAUAAUGUUUGGUUUAACCAUAUCAUCCGUGUGGUACUGGUGCUCAGAUCAGGUAAUCGUGCAACGAGCUUUGGCUGCCAAAAAUUUAUCUCACGCUAAAGCAGGAACAAUAUUGGCCGGGUACCUGAAGUUCCUUCCACUUUGGCUGAUUGUAUUCCCGGGAAUGAUAGCCAGAAUCCUGUUCCCAGAUGAAGUUGCUUGUGCCGACCCUAGUGUGUGUAAGGAGGUCUGUGACAGUGAGAAAGGUUGCACCAACAUUGCUUUCCCUAAACUUGUACUUAAGAUCAUGCCGACGGGGUUGAGAGGAUUGAUGUUGGCUGUGAUGAUGUCGGCCCUUAUUUCGUCAUUGACCUCAAUUUUCAACAGCAGUAGCACCAUCAUGACGAUGGACAUAUGGAGAUUGUUCAGGAAAAACGCGUCGGAUAUAGAGCUCAUGGUGGUAGGACGAUUGUGUAUUGUAGUUCUAGUAGCUAUUUCAAUCGUAUGGAUUCCUAUCGUACAGAAUUUUGGAGAACUUUUCCACUAUAUCCAGGCUAUAACCAGCUUCCUUGCUCCACCUAUCUGCGCAACAUACGUGUUAGCUGUAUUCUGGAAGCGUAUUAACGAACAGGGUGCUUUCUGGGGACUGAUGGUCGGACUGGUUGUCGGUGUUGUACGCUUUGCCUGGGAGUACGCGUACACAGUGCCGCCAUGUGGCGAGUCGGAAAAUGACCACCGUCCACCAAUAAUUGCCGACGUACACUAUCUUCAUUUUGGUUGCAUUCUUUUCCUGCUGUGUAUAAUUGUGACGAUUGUGGUUAGCCUGCUCACGAAACCCAUAGAGGAUAAACACUUACAUCGUUUAACGUUCUGGAGCCGCUUCAGUUUGAAGGAAAGGAUUGACAUAUCUGUAGAUAAACACACAGAAGGCGGACAAGGAAUCUCUGUUUUUGGCUCAGAUCAGGAGUACGAAACCCUACCGUGGUAUAAGAAGGCUGGACAAUGGAUCUGUGGAAUAGAAAAACAUGACGACAUUCCUAAACUGACCCCAGAGGAGCAAGAAGCAUUUGAGCGGAAACAGCUGUCAAUCCACGAAACAAAAUGGUGGAAGAGAGUCCUUAACGUCAAUGCUAUCGUCCUAAUGACAUUGACGGUGUUUUUGUGGGGAUUCUAUGCAUAAUAAUUACAAAGUGAACAUUUCAACAUUUCAUUUAAAGCUGAUGUGUUCCAGUUAUUACUAAUGGCGACACAGAUUAGUUUUAGAUUUUUUUUAGCAAUUUGCAAUGACUUUGUAGUACCUGGAAGUGUGCAUAUCAGUUUGUGGUAAUAGAUCUAUGCAUAUCUUAACACACUGCUUCACUUACAGGCAAAAUACGAGUGGUAAUCAAACAUGAAUGGAAGGUGAAUUACACAGCAUAACUUAAGGUAGUUCUGCACGUUUUAAGCAUUGCUCUACAAUAUAUUGCAGUUUUGAUGAUAUUUUCG